GUUUCCGGGGGGGAGUAAAAACACUGCGGCACCGAAAACACCUUCAUGUGAGUUUCCUCCCAUUGCUGUUUAAUAUGUGCUACAUGAGUCACAGGUAGCUCUCUCUCUCUCUCAGCUGUCACAGUGAUGAUGAAGAAGAUGUUGCCUGUCAGGCUAUUUACACUGCUAAAGUCAAAUUCAGUGAGAAGAAUCACACCACAGACAUGCUACUCCUGUCUGUCCAGUGUCCAGAGGGACAAGAAGGACAACACUGCCGCUGUUUUUCCACAAGGAUUCUGUUCUGUCAAGAGAGACCUUCCAAAGCUUUUGAGUGAGAGGUCUUUCAGCCUCACUCCUGCUGGAAUAGUUAAUGCAGCCCCUUCAUCUAUGCAGCCGUACCUCCGGUUAAUGAGGCUGGACAAACCUAUUGGGACGUGGCUGCUGUACCUGCCCUGUACAUGGAGUAUCGGUCUGGCUGCAGAUCCAGGCUGUCUUCCUGACCUGCGCAUGCUUGCGCUAUUUAGCACUGGAGCUCUGCUAAUGAGAGGAGCUGGUUGCACAAUAAAUGACAUGUGGGACAAAGACUUUGACAAGAAGGUGUCCCGGACAGCCACGCGGCCCAUAGCUGCUGGACAGAUCUCUCGAUUCCAGGCUCUGGUCUUCUUGGGGGGUCAACUGAGUUUAGCACUGGGGGUCCUGCUGUGUCUUAACUAUUAUAGCAUAGCCCUCGGUGCUGCUUCCUUAUCCCUGGUUGUCACUUACCCUCUAAUGAAGAGAAUCACGUACUGGCCCCAGCUUGUUUUAGGUCUUACAUUCAACUGGGGAGCUUUGCUUGGCUGGUCUGCUGUGGCGGGAUCAUGUGAUUGGUCCGUCUGUCUACCGCUCUACUUCUCAGGCAUCAUGUGGACACUGAUAUACGACACUAUCUACGCCCAUCAAGACAAGGACGAUGAUAUUAAGUUGGGCGUGAAGUCCACAGCCCUCAGGUUUCAGGAACAGACCAAGCCAUGGCUGAGUGCUUUUACUGUGGCUAUGCUCUCUGGACUGGUGUUAGCAGGAGCUAAUGCUGAGCAGACUCUUCCUUACUAUGCAGCAGUGACUACUGCAGGUGUUCAUUUAGCACAUCAGGUCUAUACUCUUGACAUCAACAAGCCUGAUGACUGCUGGAAGAAAUUUGCUUCCAAUCGUAAUGUGGGACUUCUGUUAUUUUUGGGAAUCGUAGUCGGCAAUUUGUGGAAGAAAAGAAACGACAGACAAUAUGAAACAAAGCUGAACUCUCUUCCCAAUUCCCAAUAAAAAUAACUGUGUAUAUAUAAA